AACCACAUUUCAAAUCACAACAUCAAAACAAGAAAAAAAAGGAUCAUAUUAUCUAGGUACCAAAUGGCUAUCCAGAUUGUCCCCAUUGCUAUGUUCAUGGUCAUUUCCUUCAUGCUUCUCAAUCUACUCAAAAAAUUGUUUCGAAAAUCGAAGAAACUUCCUCCAGGGCCAUUCAGGCUUCCCAUACUAGGCAACUUGUUACAAGUCACUGGCGCACUCCCUCACCGCAGUCUCUACAAUUUAUCGAAAACUCACGGCCCCCUCAUGCACCUCCAGCUCGGUGAGGUCUCUGCUGUGGUUGUAUCGAACCCGAGAGUAGCUAAAGAAGUUCUCAAGACUCAUGAUCUCUGCUUUGCUGACCGUCCAACGCUUCUGCUAGGCAACAUUAUUUUGUCGAAUUGCAGAGACAUUGUCUUGGCGCGGUAUGGUGAGCACUGGAGGCAGUUUCGAAAAAUCUGUACCUUGGAGCUCUUGAGUGCUAAUAAAGUGAAAUCUUUUAGAAAUAUAAGGGAAGAGGAGGCGCGGGACCUUAUCCAAUCCAUUCAAUCAGCGUCAGGGUCUGCGGUUAAUGUGAGCGAGAAGGUCUCUAAUUUGGCAAACUCGAUAACUUGCAGGUCUACAAUUGGAAAGAGAUGCAAGUACCAACAUGAACUCAUUGAGGCUACGGAGAAUAUAGCUUACUGGGGCGCGGGUUUUUUUAUGGCUGAUUUGUUUCCUUCUGCGCUGGUUUUUCCAGUUCUGAGUGGAAUGAAGCCUGCACUUAAGAAGGUUCGUCGAGAGCUUGAUCAUAUAUUUGAUUACAUAAUAAAUGAACAUAAGGAGAAGUUGGCUAGUAGGAAGAAUCAAGGAACCAAGCUUGAGGCAGAGGAUGAAGACCUUGUUGAUAUUUUGUUGAGGAUUAACGACAGUCUGCAACUCGAAUUUCCUGUCACUUCCAACGACAUCCAAGGCAUCGUUUUGGAUAUGUUCACCGCGGGGACUGACACGUCUUCAGCAGUGCUAGAAUGGGCAAUGUCAGAGCUGAUGAAAAAGCCAAGCGCGAUGAAAAAGGCACAAGAUGAGCUGAGAACCGCCUUAAAAGGAAAGGAAAGUAUCCGCGAAACUGAUAUCCAAGGCUUGAGUUAUCUAAAGCUAGUGAUCAAGGAAACGCUACGCUUACAUCCCCCGGUUCCCCUGCUACUCCCUAGAGAAUGCAGAAAAGAAUGCGAAAUUGAUGGAUAUACUAUUCCAGUUGGGACCAAAGUCAUGGUAAAUGCGUGGGCUAUUGGAAGAGACCCCGGGCAAUGGGUUGAUGCUGACAGUUUCAUUCCUGAAAGAUUUGAUGGAAGCUCAGUUGAUUACAUUGGAGCCAACUUCGAGUUUAUUCCUUUUGGUGCUGGACGAAGGAUGUGCGCAGGAAUCUCGUUCGGGAUUGCUAGCAUUGAGCUUCCUCUGGCGCAGCUGCUCUAUCACUUCGACUGGACUCUUCCUGAUGGAAUGAAGCCGGAGGAUUUGGACAUGGAUGAAACUUUUGGAGCUACUACGAAACGAAAGAACAGCUUGUUUUUGAAUGCCAGUCCUCACAUUUCUAGCAUCGAAGAGUGACCAAAGAAGUCGAUAUCACCCUUUCAUGAUUGGAUUGUUUUUACUGGAGAGCCGAGAGGGUUUGUUUAUGUUGUCUAAGGACAUGCAGUCUUUUAGAACUCUUUAAUUGAUUAAACGUGUGCGCGCCCGCCAAAGAUUUGUAAUUGUUUCUGAUUCUGUUAAAGAAAUAGAUGAGUAUAGAUAUUUUUGGUAUGUUAAAGUUCAACGUGCCAAGAUCAUCUCUUAACGGUGUUAA